GUCCGUCCACGUGGUGAUGAUGUACGUUGGGCGCUUCCUCAACGGAUUCGCCACCGGCACCAUUUGCGUCACAGCACCCACUUACAUGGCGGAGAUUUCAGAGCCCAGCAUCCGCGGAAUGUUGGGCUCCUGUUUCCAGCUCCUGGUCACCCUCGGGGUCCUCGCCGUGGACAUCGUGGGCAUCUGGACCCCGUGGCGCUGGAUCGGUGCCUUCUGCGGCAUUCUUCCCGUGGCGACCAUCGUCGCCAUGUUGUUUGUGGCCCGUGAGUCACCCACCGACUCCAUCAUCAGGUACAUCAAGUCGCAGAAGCAGUCAAACGACAGACAAGAGGCCCUGGAGACACUGACUUGGCUCAGGGGGUCCAGCCAUGACUGCCAGCGAGAGCUGAAAGAGAUCGAGGAUUCCGUGCAAAGAGCGCAGUCAGCCACGUUCCAGUUGUCAGACGUGAAGAAGCCGGGAUUCUACAAGCCUCUGUCCAUCUCCCUGGGCAUCAUGAUGUUCCAGCAGUUUUGUGGAAUCAACGCAGUCAUCUCCUACACUGCCAUGAUCUUCACUUCCGCUGGUUCAUCCAUGAAGGGAGAUGUGGCUGCAGUCAUUGUUAUGCUGGUCCAGGCAAGUGUGGUCGCGACGUCCAUUUCAACCCUGGUCGUAGACAGAGCAGGUCGAAAACCCCUGCUUUACCUUUCCGGAGGCCUGGAAUGCGUAUCUCUCAUCGCACUCGGUGUGUUCUUCUACGUCCAAGAGGGAAUGGAAGACCCGGACCUGGAGAAGCAACUCGCAGUCUUACCCGUCAUCUCACUGGUCGUCUACAUUUUCGCCUUUGCCAUAGGCUACGGCCCUUUGCCGUGGAUCCUCAUGGCCGAGUUGUUCAGCGACGAGACCCGACAAGCAGCAUCUUCCUUCGCAACUGCGCUGAACUGGUUCUGCGCGUUUCUCGUCACAAGAACAUUUCUGGAUCUCCGAGCCGCCAUCAAUUCGUACGGCGCCUUCUGGCUUUUCUCUGUGAUCAGCGGUAUCAGCGUUCCGUUCGUCUUCUUUCUCACGCCGGAAACCAAAGGGAAAUCACUGGAUGAUAUUCAGCGGUACAUCAAGUCGCAGAAGCAGUCAAACGACAGACAAGAGGCCCUGGAGACACUGACUUGGCUCAGGGGGUCCAGCCAUGACUGCCAGCGAGAGCUGAAAGAGAUCGAGGAUUCCGUGCAAAGAGCGCAGUCAGCCACGUUCCAGUUGUCAGACGUGAAGAAGCCGGGAUUCUACAAGCCUCUGUCCAUCUCCCUGGGCAUCAUGAUGUUCCAGCAGUUUUGUGGAAUCAACGCAGUCAUCUCCUACACUGCCAUGAUCUUCACUUCCGCUGGUUCAUCUAUGAAGGGAGAUGUGGCUGCAGUCAUUGUUAUGCUGGUCCAGGCAACUGAAGUGACAUAUGUUAAUAAAAUCCGUACGAUGUACCCACAGGUGGUCGCGACGUCCAUUUCAACCCUGGUCGUAGACAGAGCAGGUCGAAAACCCCUGCUUUACCUUUCCGGAGGCCUGGAAUGCGUAUCUCUCAUCGCACUCGGUGUGUUCUUCUACGUCCAAGAAGGAAUGGAAGACCCGGACCUGGAGAAGCAACUCGCAGUCUUACCCGUCAUCUCACUGGUCGUCUACAUUUUCGCCUUUGCCAUAGGCUACGGCCCUUUGCCGUGGAUCCUCAUGGCCGAGUUGUUCAGCGACGAAACCCGACAAGCAGCAUCUUCCUUCGCAACUGCGCUUAACUGGUUCUGCGCGUUUCUCGUCACAAGAACAUUUCUGGAUCUCCGAGCCGCCAUCAAUUCGUACGGCGCCUUCUGGCUUUUCUCUGUGAUCAGCGGUAUCAGCGUUCCGUUCGUCUUCUUUCUCACGCCGGAAACCAAAGGGAAAUCACUGGAUGAUAUUCAGCGGUUGUUCAAC